CCCACCCCACCCUAUUUUUAAAUUGAUUUUUGAAGAGAGGAAGGGAGAGAAACAUUGAUGUGGGACUGAACCACUGGCUGCCUCCUGCACACCCCCAACCGACCCAGAAUCCAACGCGCAAUCACCACACGCCCAACCCCUGGACAGAGCACUGCGCUCUAACCACUGACCACCUGGCUGGGCGGCCUUGCUCUGUGUAAGGAGCAGCGGGCUCUGGUCCGCGCUGCAGGGGAAGAGCCGCCAGGGGGCGCCAGCGACCAGUGCCCGGGGCAAGACUCGAACAGGACGCAAGGGACAACUGGGCGGGGCGCCCCCUACUGGCCCCACCGUCUGUGUCAUCAGAACGCCAAAGCCGGAAGUGACACACAAAACCUGGAGAAUACGUCAUCAUCCUGCGCCGACGCAGGAGAAAACCAGGCUCCGGGCACACUCAGGGCGCAGUUUCUCUUCAGGCUCCGGACCAGCGACGGCGGUGGUGUCGGCGCAGGGUGGCUUCACUCCACUGCGGGAUGAAAAGGGCUCUUGGAAAGUGAAGACCUUCCAUGAGAUUCUCCAGGAAAAGAAACGACGGCAGGAGCAAGAGGAGAAGGCAGAGAUAAAGCGCUUAAAACAUUCCGAUCGGUAACCCGUGGGCUCCGUCUCAGGGGCUGAGGUUGGUGAGGUGCGGGAUAGAGCUCCCUCUGAGCUGUCCUCCUUUUCCGGAAGAACGGCGCUGUCCAAGAGGGAGCUGGAGGAGCUAACACCAUGGAGAGGGAAGACGGUGAAGAGGGUACUAGGUUUCUCAGAGCCCACGGUGGUCACAGCAGCGCUGAACUGUGUGGGGAAGGGCAUGGACAAGGAGAAAGCAGCUGACCAUCUGAAGCCUUUUCUUGAUGAUUCUACUCUCCGAUUCGUGGACAAACUGUUUGGGGCUGUAGGGGAAGACCGAAGCUCUAGACAUUCCAAGUCUAGCAGUGACGGGAGCAGAAAACGAGAGCUGAAGGAAGUGUUUGGUGAUGACUCUGAGAUCUCCAAGGAAUCCUCAGGAGGAAAGAAGCCACGGAUACCCCGUGUUGAGGAGGUGGACGAGGAGCCAGAAGUGAUCCCUGGGCCUGCUUCACAGAGCCCUGGCAUGCUGACUAAGCUCCACGUCAAACAGAUGAUGGAGGCAGCAACUCGACAAGUCGAGGAGAGGAAACAACCGAGUUGCGUGAGCCCCCCUACAGCUCAGCCAAAGACUCCUUCUUCCUCCCACCCAGAGCGACUUCCAAUUGGCAGCACUAUUCAGCCCUCCCAGGCCGCCAUGUUCAUGAAUGAUGCCAUGGAGAAGGCAAGGAAAGCGGCUGAACUACAAGCCCGCAUCAAGGCCCAGCUGGCACUGAAGCCAGGGCUCAUUAGCAAUGCCAAUAUGGUGGGCCUGGCCAAUCUUCAUGCCAUGGGCAUUGCUCGCCCGAAGGUUGAAUUAAAAGAUGAAACUAAACCUACAUCACUGAUUCUCGAUGAGCAAGGUCGCACUGUAAAUGCAACAGGCAAGGAGAUUGAGCUGACACGCCGAAUGCCUACUCUGAAGGCCAAUAAUCAUGCGGUGAAGAGGGAACAAUUCAAGCAGCAGCUUAAAGAAAAGCCAUCAGAAGAGGAAUCCAAUACCUUUUUUGACCCCCGAGUUUCAGUUGCCCCUUCCCAGCGGCAGAGACGCACUUUUAAAUUCAAUGACAAGGGCAAAUUUGAGAAGAUGGCCCAGUGGUUACGGACAAAGGCUCAACUGGAAAAGCUGCAGGCAGAGAUCUCACAAGCAGCUCGAAAAACAGGCAUCCAUACUUCAACUAGGCUGGCUCUCAUUGCUCCUAAGAAGGAGUUAAAGGACGGAGAUAUUCCUGAAACUGAGUGGUGGGAUUCUUAUAUCAUCCCCAAUGGCUUUGACCUUACAGAGCAAAAUCCCGAGAGAGAUGAUUAUUUUGGAAUCACAAAUCUUGUUGAACAUCCAGCCCAGCUCGACCCUCCAGUCGACAGUGACGCACCAGUUGCUCUGGGAGUAUAUCUGACCAAGAAGGAACAGAAGAAACUUCGAAGACAAACAAGGAGGGAAGCACAGAAGGAGCUACAAGAGGAAGUCAGGCUGGGCCUGAUGCCUCCUCCGGAACCCAAAGUGAGAAUUUCUAAUCUCAUGCGAGUAUUAGGAACAGAAGCUGUUCAAGACCCCAGGAAGGUAGAAGCCCAUGUCAGAGCUCAGAUGGCAAAAAGACAGACGGCGCAUGAAGAGGCCAACGCUGCCCGAAAACUUACAGCAGAACAGAGAAAGGACAAGAAAAUGAAAAAGCUUAAAGAAGACAUUUCACAGGGGGUACACAUAUCUGUAUAUAGAGUUCGAAAUUUGAGCAACCCAGCCAAGAAGUUCAAGAUUGAGGCCAAUGCUGGGCAACUGUACCUGACAGGGGUGGUGCUACUGCACAAGAAUGUCAAUGUGGUGGUAGUGGAAGGGGGCCCCAAGUCCCAGAAGAAAUUUAAGCAUCUUGUGCUGCGCCGGAUAAAGUGGGAUGAACAGACAUCUACCACAAAGGGAGAGGAUGAGGAGGAAUCCGAUGAGGAAGCUGUGAAGAAAACCAACAAAUGUGUACUAGUCCGGGAGGGUACAGCCAAAGACGGGAGCUUUGGGGACAUGAAGUUCAAACAGUGCCCUACAGAGAACAUGGCUCGGGAGCAUUUCAGAAAGCACGGGGCUGAACACUACUGGGACCUUGCGCUAAGGGAAUCUGUGUUGGAGUCUACUGCAGCCGUGGGCAAACUACGGCCCUCGGGCCGGAUCCGGCCCGUUUGAAAUGAAUAAAACUAAAAAAAAAAAAAGACCGUACCCUUUUAUGUAAUGAUGUUUACUUUGAAUUUAUAUUAGUUCACACAAACACUCCAUCCAUGCUUUUGUUCCGGCCCUCCGGUCAGGUUUAAGAACCCAUUGUGGCCCUCGAGUCAAAAAGUUUGCCCACCCCUGGUCUACUGACUGAGACUACUGCCAGCCCUUGCCUCCACCCUUAUGCUACUUCCCAGCCCAGCCCACUUGCGUGUGAUCUCAGAACGGCACCACGCUGACAUUGGGAUGAAGGGAGAACACAUUGCUCUCUUCCCCUGUCAGCCUGCGGCUGCCCUUUACUCCCCGUGUGUGCAUAUGAUUAAAGAGUCACUUUUAAAAAAAAUUCUGAUGACCUUGACUCCAAGCGGGAUUCCCUUGAGGAGGGGGAGCUGAGGGACCACCGCAUGGAGAUCACCAUCAGGAACUCGCCCUACAGGAGGGAGGACUCCAUGGAGGACAGACGAGAGGACAAUGAUUCUUUGGCUUUCAAACCACCCCAGCAAAUGUCAGGGAAAGAGAAAGCUCAUCACAGGGAAGAUGAGAAAAGAGAAACGUAGGCAUCGUAGUCAUUCAGCAGAAGGGGCCAGCACGCCAGAGUGAAGGGGAAGGAGAAAGAGCAUGAGUGCUGGAAGCGGCACCGAGAGGAGCAGGACGAAGCUCGGAGCUCGCCAGGUGUAGGAGAAGUGGGAGAUGGCGAGAGAGCAUUCCCCGGAGAGAGAGGGACCGCCUGGAGCAGCUGGAAAGGAGCGGGAGUGGGAGUGCAGGCUGCGAGAGCAGCAGCAGUGGGAGCCUGUGGGUCAGAACCGGUCCUGCCCUGAUGACGGGCUGCUGGGGCCCGGGCUGCGGUGAUGUGGCCUCGAGUUGAACUGCUGGCCUCGUUUUCCACAUUUUGUUUCUAUUUUGUCUUGGCUUGUAAAUUUGUAGAAUUAAAUCUUAUUUCCUUGUGGAAAAAUAAAUCCAGAAAAAAAGAUUAAA